AUGCCUGUCGGCAUUCAGCGUCUCAACGCUAAGAAGACACAACCAAAUGAGCGCAUCAUUUUUAUCAAGCCGCUGAAGGGCCCGGAUGGACCGAUCGCACAAGAUUUUCUUGAGCGGAUAGCGGCGCAAUGCUUACCUAUAAUGAAAGAGCACAGUCUCUCGGUGAUGACACUGGAAGAGUAUGAGCCAAACCGAGAGUUCGUCGGUCGCAAUUUUAAUGCUGGAGAGAUCAUUCAGCUGGUACUCAAGGCACGCUCGGGGCACUGGCUGCCUUUCAACUACGUGCAGAUGGUCAUGAUGCACGAACUGGCGCAUUGCAAGCAAAUGAACCACUCCAGGGCGUUCUGGGCCGUCCGAAACCAGUAUGCUGAGCAGAUGAAGAAGCUUUGGACUCGCGGCUACACUGGAGAUGGUCUGUGGGGACGCGGGGCUCUUCUUAGUUCGGGCGAGUUCGAGAGGAACACCAUAUCGCCAGACGAAGCCUUGCCAGAGCAUCUGUGCGGCGGUACCUAUCGAUCACGACGGCGUAAGCGUAAGGCUAAGAAGGACCUCACCUAUCAGGAGAAGAAGGAGCGGCGGAUUCUGAAGAAGUUUGGAGCGAAUGGAGUCGCUUUGGGAGGUGACGAUGCCACAAAGCGGAAACUCGAGAAGGGGAAGACUAUAGCGGCAAAACCCCGUAUUGCUGGGAGCAAUCGAGGGAGAGAACUUCGGGCUGCGGCUGCUUUGGCAAGAUUUGAACAGCAAUCGAAAGAGACGGGCGUAGAGAAGCACUAUGUCGUGGAUGUGGAUGACGAUGAGACCGUCAGUGACUCUGAGACCCAGUCUGAGAGCGACUACGAAGAUGGAAGCUUCGACAUCAGCAAUGAUGCUAUUGACAUCAAUGGCACCAAACUUCUUGAUGGCAAAGGUCAUCGAAUGGUCAAAGUCUGCGAGGAUGAGAAUACAAAUGACCAGGACGCACAGCAGGAGUUAAAGGAACUCCAAUCGUCACUACGAAACAAGCCCCUGUCACAGAGAGCGUCCCUGGUUCGUGGAAAUGCGAAAAACCGAGUUGCAAGGAAAGCAUUUAUCUGA